AUGGCCUCUUCCGCCAAUCCUUUCUCUCUUUCGCUAUCCUCCGAGCUCGCUUCCAACUCUUCUCUCCACUGCGCCAACUCGUCCGAGGUCUUUCUCCGCUUCCCGAACUCUCCCGCGCCCCCCUCGCUCCGCUCUUCCUUCGUCUCGCCUAUUAAGAUUGAAUUGAAUCGAGUCGGUGUUUCUGCGUUGAAAGUGAGUCGAAUCGGUUCAAGGAUUUCGGCGAGUUCAACUCCGGUGAUGGAUCAGUCGCCGAGUCAGACGAGUCCUAGGGUUCCUACUGUUGUUGAGGUCGAUUUGGGGAACCGGAGCUACCCGAUCUACAUCGGAUCUGGAUUGCUUCAACAACCCGAGCUUCUCCAGAGACAUGUUCAUGGGAAGAGAGCUCUUGUGGUCACCAACACCACAAUUGCAGCAUUAUACCUUGAUAAAGUAGUUGAUGCUUUAACUCGUGGAAACCCAAAUAUUUCAGUUGAGAGUGUGAUUUUGCCAGACGGUGAGAAGUACAAAAACAUGGACACACUAAUGAAAGUUUUUGACAAGGCAAUUGAGUCACGGUUGGAUAGACGUUGUACAUUUGUUGCCGUUGGUGGUGGUGUUAUUGGUGACAUGUGUGGAUUUGCUGCUGCUGCCUUCCUUCGUGGUGUUAAUUUCAUUCAGAUUCCUACAACUGUAAUGGCACAGGUGGAUUCUUCAGUUGGAGGCAAAACUGGCAUAAACCAUCCUCUAGGAAAAAAUUUGAUUGGUGCUUUCUACCAACCUCAGUGUGUACUUAUAGACACUGACACAUUAAACACACUGCCAGAGAGGGAGUUGGCAUCAGGUUUUGCUGAGGUUAUUAAGUAUGGGCUUAUUAGGGAUGCUGAAUUCUUUGAGUGGCAAGAGAAGAAUAUGCAGGCAUUAAUGGCAAGGGAUCCAGGUGCACUGGCUUAUGCUAUCAAGCGAUCAUGUGAAAACAAGGCUGAGGUAGUAUCUUUAGAUGAGAAGGAAAGUGGACUGAGGGCGACAUUGAACUUGGGUCAUACUUUUGGCCAUGCAAUAGAAACUGGGGUUGGUUAUGGGCAGUGGCUCCAUGGAGAAGCUGUUGCAGCUGGCAUGGUCAUGGCUGUCGACAUGUCAUACCGCCUUGGUUGGAUUGAUGAUUCAAUUGUGAAGCGAGUUCACAAUAUCAUAAAGCAGGCUAAGCUACCCAUUACCCCACCUGAAAGCAUGACAGUGGAGAUGUUCAAGUCAGUCAUGGCGGUUGAUAAGAAAGUAGCCGAUGGACUGCUAAGGCUCAUUCUCUUGAAAGGUCCUCUAGGCAACUGUGUUUUCACUGGUGACUAUGACAGGAAGGCACUGGAUGAUACACUCCGGGCAUUUGCCAAGUCCUGA